UGUUGUUCGGCGGCGGCGGCGGCGGCGGCAGCGGCGGCGGCAAGAUGGCUGCCCACGGGGGCUCGGCGGCGGCGGCGUCAGCGCUGAAGGGGUUAAUCCAGCAGUUCACUGCCAUCACCGGUGCGAGUGAAAGUGUAGGAAAGCACAUGCUUGAAGCCUGCAACAACAACCUGGAAAUGGCAGUCACUAUGUUCCUGGAUGGGGGAGGAAUCGCCGAAGAGCCCAGUACCAGUUCUGCUAGUGUCUCCACUGUCAGACCACAUACAGAGGAAGAAGUUCGUGCCCCAAUUCCUCAAAAGCAAGAAAUAUUGGUGGAGCCAGAACCUUUGUUUGGUGCUCCUAAGAGACGACGGCCUGCGCGUUCAAUAUUUGAUGGUUUCCGAGAUUUUCAAACUGAAACUAUUCGGCAAGAGCAGGAACUAAGAAAUGGUGGAGCAAUAGAUAAGAAACUAACUACCCUUGCAGAUCUAUUCCGGCCACCCAUUGACUUGAUGCAUAAAGGCAGCUUUGAAACAGCCAAAGAAUGUGGCCAGAUGCAGAAUAAGUGGCUGAUGAUAAAUAUUCAAAAUGUGCAAGACUUUGCAUGCCAGUGCCUCAACCGUGAUGUAUGGAGCAAUGAAGCUGUGAAGAACAUUAUUCGAGAACAUUUCAUUUUCUGGCAGGUUUAUCAUGACAGUGAGGAAGGUCAGAGAUACAUACAGUUUUAUAAGCUAGGGGACUUCCCCUAUGUCUCCAUCUUGGACCCACGAACAGGUCAGAAGCUAGUAGAGUGGCACCAAUUAGAUGUAUCUUCUUUCUUGGACCAAGUGACAGGAUUUCUGGGUGAACAUGGGCAACUGGAUGGACUUUCUAGCAGUCCUCCCAAAAAAUGUGCCCGAUCAGAGAGUCUGAUAGAUGCAAGUGAGGACAGUCAGCUGGAAGCAGCCAUCAGAGCUUCCCUGCAGGAGACACAUUUUGACUCCACACAGACGAAGCAGGACAGCCGCUCAGAUGAAGAGUCUGAAUCUGAACUUUUUUCUGGCAGUGAGGAGUUCAUAUCUAUUUGUGGCUCCGAUGAAGAGGAAGAGGUAGAGAAUCUUGCCAAAUCCAGGAAAUCCCCCCACAAAGAUUUGGGGCAUAGAAAGGAGGAGAAUAGGAGGUCACUGACUGAGCCCUCUGCCAGAACUGAGCAGGGGACAGCCACAAAUCACCAAGGAUUGCCAGCUUUGGACCCAGAGGUCCUGGAGAUGUCACCUGAAAAGUCAGAUGGAAGUGUGGAAGGGGCAGAUGUAAACGGACCAAAAGCACAGCUGAUGUUGCGGUACCCAGAUGGAAAAAGGGAACAGAUCACUCUUCCAGAGCAAGCUAAGCUGCUAGCUUUAGUGAAGCAUGUGCAGUCUAAAGGAUAUCCAAAUGAACGUUUUGAACUUCUCACCAACUUCCCUCGGAGGAAACUCUCUCAUCUGGACUAUGACAUUACAUUACAGGAGGCAGGCCUUUGUCCUCAAGAGACUGUUUUUGUACAGGAGAGAAAUUAACACCUUGGCCUAACCUCUCUCAGCUUAUCCCUUUACCCUUGUGAUAUACCAUAUCACUAAGUAUGCAUUUUGGCUCAUAGGACAAGAGAGCCAAAGUUGGGCAAGCAAGUCACCUGCCUUCUCUUUAUUUCUUGUUCUCUUCUGUAAUUAGUCUCCUCCUCCCUCCCUUUCCUCUCCUGAUCGACUUUUCCCAUGUUCUUUAUUUCUUGCCUAAUCUGGUGACCAAAUGGAAGUGUAAGGGUAAGAUCUCUCCUAGUACUGGCAGCAGGAAAUGUAUAUUCUCAUAAGUGGUCUCUUGCACAGCAUUUUUUUGGGAUCAGAUGGUAUUACUCCUCAGACUCCUUUGACAUAUAAUGGCUAGACUGAAAAUAAGAACAACCUCCCUUUUUAAUGAGCCCCCAGUUUUAGUAGGGAGAAGAAGUUCUGAACACAUUUUUGUUGUUCUUCAUGUAGGAAAUAUCACAUAACAAAAUACCUAGGCUUUUGUUUACAUGGAAAUAGCAUUGUUUAUAUUAUUGCUCAUAUGUAAAAAAAAAUUUUUUAUAAAGGAUUCUCAUCUUCCCAGCUACAAGUUAUUUUCAUGCUAUGUGUUAUUGGCAGAAUGAGUGUUCAGUGUAGGGUGUGUAGCAUGGGGUGGCUUUCAAUGCCCCAGCCUGACACAACUUUCUUCAUGAUUAUCCUGUUAAGUCUAUUGAUCCUACUAGUCAUAGAAUGGACAUUUAGUGAGCAUAUUGUGGUGAUGGAUAGGAAGGUGCUUGCUGUUUUUGCCAGUAGAGCAUAUUAGUCCUUUGGCUCCUCCAUUGUCUGGGCCCACAGUGAGCUGUAGAAGGCAGCUAUUCAAUAAUUAUGCAGUACAAUGGCUUGUGAUUAUAACCACUGUGGUUAUUGAUAGUCCUGUGUGCUCAAGGCAUAACGUAUGUCCCGGGGAAAAGAAAAACAUGCAGCUGAGAGUUGCUAACCAUGUUCCUUUGGUUAGAAAUAAUGAUUCAUUUUUUUAACCACUGGUUGAAAUAGUUUCUAAAAGGCUCUGGUAACUGACCUUAAUUUCUCAUGCUAUUUUCCCUCAGAAGAUGUCAAAACUGUAAGUCUCUAAGGGGAAGACCUUUAAACUCAGUUCAUAAGACAACGUUUAGUAAAGGGGAUGUUGGAGGUUAUAGUAUUCUUCAGAUGACAUGGUAUUUUCUGCCAACAAAAGCCACAUUCAGUCUGUAGCUGGUGAAAGCUUUGUGUUAUCUUAAGAGACCACCUUGGAUCUGGAUAAUACUGUUGGUUUAUGAGCUUUGCUGUGUGCUCAGUUCUUACUUGAGCUUUAAAUAGAGUCCUCUGGUGCGGGAGUAGUGAUCUGGUGGCAAAAUCAGAAAUUAACUUACGCUACUUUUUGUCAAUUGGGGACUUUAGUUGAUUCUUCCACGGGAGGAACAUAAAUUGCUGUUGCUCAGAGACCUUUAGAAUGCUGUUGACUUGAAGAUUGCUUUCUUGGCAACCAGGGGAUUUUUAAAAAAUGAUGUUGUGUGUUGCUGGUCCAUAAUUAUAGAACAUGGUUUUUAAUGGUUAGAUUUUGAGGGACCCUCCCUGAAGAAUGAGUUAUGUAUCUCCAAGGAAAUCAUGGAAAAUUCUGUUAUUCUUCAGUGAGUCCUUUUGAAUUAAUGUUCUUACAUUUUUUUCUAAGUCUGUGUAAGUGCUUAUGUAUAAGUAUAUAAUUGUAUAAAUAUUUAUAAAUAUAUUUAUAUAAUUACAAUUUCAUUUAUACCUUGAGUCAAAGUUCUCUCUGUAGAUUGGUGACUGAGUAAUACCACUUGGGUGUUUUUCAUAGGCUCUUCCCCCCCCCACCCUGGUACUGGGGAUCAAACUCUGGUCCUUGUGCUUGCGAAACAGGCGGCGAAACCACUGAGCUAAAUCCCUGGCCCUUUCAUAGGCUCUUAAGGCUUAACUCGAAGCUUCUGAUCUGUCAUAUCUCUGAACUUGGAUGAUGUACUUGCUGUCUGAGGAUAUGCUGUCCACUCUCAAAGGUACGACAAGGGCACAGAAACGUGGUGGUGGUAGUCAAGGUCAAACCCAAAAGCCAAGGUAACACAGGGUAAGAAGUGACAGUCUGUGCAGCCUUGUGCCAUGCAGCACCUGUCUUCACUCCCAGCACAGUCACAGCUGAAGCCCAAAUUGAUCCAAACUGUGAAGUCCAGAAUAUUUGCUUUAGGACUCUGCUUCAUCCUCUUCCUGCCAGCUUUUCUGAGCCACAUCUUGACAGCCUGUGGUAGCGUGUUGAUAAAGGAGAGGACAAAGCACUAGUGUGCCCAUUUGUGAGACACCAAAGUAACUUUUCAACCUGGGUUAGCAUAAGAUGACCUAUUAUAUGUAUGUUUUAAGUGAGAAACAGAGUGAUAUUCAUCCGGCUUAGAUGCAGUCCAGCAUGUUUAGACGACAAGCUGUAGAAGAUUUUAUUUUGUGUUGAGGCGGGCAUGUAGUUAUCUCAGGGUUGUACGCCCUUGGGGAAGAGCUGUAGCUUUUACACCGGAAGACCAGCUUGGGAGGGGUGCCUUGCUGAAGAACCUCAUCUGUUUAGGGAGCACGCUUGCUCCCAUUUACCACCUGUUUCCUCUGUAGGUUCCUUUGCUCUCUGGAGGAAAGGUUUGAUUGAGGAGAUUAAAUGAAGUCAGCGAGGUUAGUAAAUAGUCAUUCCCCCUAUAGGUGUUGGGAACAGCUUAAAAGAGAAUUUAAAAGGUCAAAAGAGAACAAGGUAGACUUUGCGAGUGACUGAAAUAUCAUAUAGGGGGAUGGAAUGAAAACUAGUGAGGAAAAAGUGAGAGGAAUACUUUUGAGUUUGACUUAGGAAGAACCCAGAGAAGAGAAAUCACAGUGCCAUACAAAAGAAGAACAGGGAACACAUUUUGAGUAAGUACCAUGUGCUGUGUGUACUCUUGUGUGCAUUCUCCCCUUAAGUCUUCCUGCAGACUCCAUGCAUGUGGCCUUCCCCUAUGUAAUAAACCAGGAGGAAAACUGAAGGUCAGAGAACAUGUUCAGGACACCCAGCCUGAAAUCAGAAUGUCACAGUUGGAAUCCAGAGCCCUACCUUCCCACUCCUUGCUGUGCCCUUCCACAUGCAGGGAGUCAGUUUGCCCAAAAAGUCGGCUUUGUAAGUUAGCAUUUGGCUUUGUUUCCUUAGAAUUAGGGGAGUAGUUGAGGUAAAGCUUGUGGAGUUUGCACUGUGCCUAUAAAUUCUUAUUUAUGGCAUUAUUUUCAGAGGCUAAUUAUUGCCUUUUUUUGUUUUUUUUUGGUACCCAGGAUUGAACUCAGGACACUGCUCUUGCAAUGCAGGUGGCAGAACCACUGAGCCAAACCCCUGGCCCCAUUAAUUGCUUUUUUAAAAUGAUGCACUGAUGAAAAUGUGAAAGGAAAAUAACUAUGCGACAUUAUUUGCCAAGAAUAAAUCUAAAGGAUAAAAAAGAACUUUAUCUUUUUUUAACUGUUUUUCAGAAAAGAUGUAAUUAUUCUUUUCUGUGUCCAAUCCAUGCUAGAUUAUUGAACCUUCCUGUAUGUUUUUAAAUCUUCUGUAAAAUUUU